CGCGGGAUGUGGACGCCAGGCGGCCCGCCGGGGCCCGCUGGCUGGGACCGCCGCCGGGUGGGCGCCAGGCUGCGCGCGGCGCUCGCGGGGCUGCACGAGCUGCAGGGGCUGCGCGCUGCACAGCAGGCGCGCGUGCGGAGCGCCCUGGCCAUGCAGCCCCCACCCGGGGCCGCCGCCGCCCCCCGCGGCCCCCGCGCCCACGAGCUGCGGCUGGAGGCGGCGCUGGCGGCACUGCAGGAGCAGCUGAACCGUUUAAGACGCCAGGACGUCGGCCUGAAAACCCACUUGGACCAGCUGGACCAGCAGAUCAGCGAGCUGCAGCUGGACGUGCGCAGAACCUCCAGCGAGGCCCCGGACAGCGACAGCAGGCCCAGCUCAGGCUUUUACGAGCUCAGCGAUGGCGGCUCCUGCUCCCUGUCCACCUCCUGCACGUCCGUGUGCAGCGACCGCAUGUCGUCCUCCCUGAGCGUUUUGCUGCCCGCUGCCCCCAAAACCAGACUCGGUGUGGGGGACUGCCGGCCCCGGUCGGCUGAUGAGACCACCGUGUGUGGGACCCCCCUGCCCACGUGGGGACCCCAGGCCACCGAGGAGGGCGCAUCCCGGCCCAGGCCAGUGUCUACAGGGGAUCUUGAAAGAGUCCGACCGGCUGAGGUGGGGCUCCAGAAGGCCAGCGCAGACCCCAAGUCCACUCCUCUCCUCUGCCACGGGAUGGACCUCCCACCCCACAUGCUGGACCCCAAGUACCAGCGUGACCUGGUGUCCAAGGGUGGCAAGGAGGUGUACCCGUACCCCAGCCCCCUGCAUGCGGUGGCUUUGCAGAGCCCCCUCUUUGCUCUGACCAAGGAGACCCCGCAGGGUGAUGGCCACUCACCCCCAAGUAAGGCCCUUCCCGGCCGCGCAGGUCUGAGCUCCAUCCAGACUGGACCGGUCUUGGAGGCUGGCCCUGCUGGAGCCUAUAUAGACAGGCUGCUGCGACUGCGGGGCCGAGGGACCCCUCCAAGGGGCAGUGUGGGGGAGCAGGGACCCCCAAGGUGUGAGGUGUCCCCAUCCCAGCAGGAGCUCAGUGGCCGGAGAGUGGACAGUGAGAACCACCUGGAGAAGCUGGUCUGCACCCCAGGAAGAGCAGAAGUGGGAGGGACGGCUCAGAGGGGCAAUGCCAGUGGGGGCAUCCUCGAGCAGCACCCCCUUGUGGACACCCCACACCCCAGCAUCCUUCCCGAAGAGGGAUGCAACCCCUCCAACGGCAGCAGCCGUGGAGAGAACAUCCCUGGCUCCCCUCUGCUGGGGUGUGGGCGGGCUCAGCAGUCAGCCCUUGAUGGCUGCAAGGGCAAGGCCAGGUCGCCCACUGGGAGAACGGGCAGGGAGAGCCCCGCUCUGGCCCCAGGGCACUGUGGUCGCCCCCUCUUUGUUGCCAGCAGAGCUUCCCCCACGGGGCUGAGAACGAGCCUGCCCAAGACAAAGGCCACGAAGAUCAGAAGAGGCACCAGCGAUAAGGCGCUGAGGUCUGGAAGGCAGCCACCCCCGUGGGGCGCCCUCGCGGUCCCCCCGCUGCCCCCUGAGUGGGGGAGCGUUCUCAGGAGGAGGCCCACCCUGGCCGGGGAUGCACCCGGCCGGUCCUGCUCUGAGGCCAGCCUCUACCCGGUGCCCUGCUUCGUCCCCCUGCUGGUGGCCCGCCAGGAGGGCCACCAGGCGUCGGCCCAGGCCCUGUUCCCUUUCGCAGCCGCCCCUCUGGUGGCAGCCCCUGGGGACGCCAGGAGGAAACAGCGCAGGUGGCAGUCCUCUGUGGAGAUCUCAGCCAGGGCCCGCCCGCUCAGCAUCCCCGACCCCAGCCCAGCGGCCAGGAGAGGAGGCGGCCCGCGGCCCAGGCCCCCACGGCCCCGGCAGGACGCCCCCUCGGGGAGCGAGUCGGACGCCUCCGAGGGCCCCUCCGUGCUGCCCUCCACCAUCGCUGAAAGCAGCGGGGACGAGGCCAGCGACCACACCGCCAACCGCUUCGGCGACGGCGAGUCCAGCACCAGUGACUGCGAGGCGGGAGGCCGGGGCCGCGGGGGCGGCCUGGCCUGGCCUCGGGGGGCCCCACAGCCGUCCCCGAGGGCCCCCGCUGGCGCCAGGCCACCCCUGCCCCCGGUCCCCAAACUCUGCCGCAUCAAGGCCUCCAAGGCCCUGAAGAAAAAGAUCCGCAGGUUCCAGCCGGCCACCCUGAAGGUCAUGACCAUGGUGUGAAGCCCACAGGGAAAUGGCUGAGAGCAUCCCGGCCGGGAAAGGGACCAGUGUUCCAGGGGAAGCUGCCUCCUGAGGAACACGGGCCUUUCCAUGGCCAAGCAUGGCAUCCGGCUGUAUUCUGUAUUUGGCUGCUCAAUAUGCUGAUGUAGGGGUGUGCAUCCUCUUGCCAAUGUGUUUUAUCUCCAAAGGCACCGUUUGAAGGAGUCCCCACAGGGGAGAUGAUGAGCAGGUCCCCUGAGAUGGCUGUGACUCUGGGGGUGCAUUGCCCCACCCAACGGGGACCUUCAUAGAGAACUGGGAAAUGUCAGAUGGUACAGGCCACCCCGGCCAGCUUACUCCUUCCUUGUCAGCGUCUUCCCACAACAGAGACUUCCCACCCCUGCUUCCCAGGGAUCUGUGCUGUAAUCCUGGGGGUUGCUGACCUCUGUCCUGGUCCCACUUGGGGUGGGCAGCAUAUUCCCAGGCCUGUGAAGCCAUUCCUCCCAGAAAAUGUUCUUGGAGACUGUUGCAGGACUGUGUUCUGGAAAUUGGGUUGAAGUGUGAACUCCAAUCUUAAGCCCUCAAUGAGAAUAAACACCCAGAGGGAGCCAU